AUUGUCUUUUAGCGAAGUUUCCGAAUCCUGUAAUGGCAUAUUUACAUCAGAAUAUUACGAGCCAGCCCUCAGACCCUGAACAACUGAUUGAGUCUCUAAUGCAAGUCUGGCUUGACGCAAAAGAUGAAGUUUCACCGGCCAUGAUAGAAAAAUGUCCAAGUUUUAAAAGCGGAAUCGCCAGACGUCAUAUCAAGAUGCUGAUGAACAACUUGACGCACGUUGGCUGCGCAUUCGGUGUCUACUAUGCCGUAAAACAUACCAAGGCAGCCCAUUUGACUUGCUACUUGUCCUACUGGACGCCUGAAGGAGAGCCAGUGUACGCGACCGAGCCCCCGAGCCCCGGCAGUGGCUACAGCGAGGAGUGUGGCUGUCCUCCUAAUUACAAGGAGUCUAAAGACUGCCUUUGUGUGCCUGGAUCAAGAACUCCUGAUAGUAAGACUAGGGGUCCGUUCAGACAGACCGGUUUGGAGAGGAGAGCAAAUUCUUAACACGUUGAAAUCAAGUAUUUAGUAUUUGUAGUAUGGUUUAUUUUUGCAUGUGCACUGCCAUUAAGUUUGUCAUUAAGAA